AUGGCCGAGGACGAUCCUAUCAUGGACGUGGCGGAGGGUGGAGAGGAGGGAGGCGAGGAGGCGGCUGCCCCUGCCGUGGAGGAGGAGUUGGAGUUAAACGAAGAGUCAGCUCUUCGCGGCGUUCUCCGCAAGGCGCUUGUGCACGAUGGCCUUCAACGUGGUCUGCAUGAGAGUGCCAAGGCUCUCGAUCGACACUCUGCUAAACUCUGCGUCCUCGCCCGCGACGUAGACUCGGACGAGUACAAGACGCUGGUCACAGCGCUUUGCAAAGAAGGGAGUGUGCCUCUCCUCUACAUCGAAACGCGCGAGAAGCUCGGGGAGUACGUGGGCCUGGCCAAAAUGGAUAAGGAGGGAAACCUGCGCGGUAAGGUGCAAAAGUGCUCGGUGGCCGUGGUCACGGACUUCGGCGAGGAGUCUCGAGAGUACCACAAGCUGCAGGAAUUCAUCGCUAAGAGCCAGGAAUAA